CCUAGCGCCUAGUUCUCUCCCGGCUGCAGAGCUGGCCGCCCAGGGGGAGUCGCAGAGUUUGGAAGAUCUCUCUAACACCUCUCGGCCAAGACCCUACAUUAGACAAUGGAAAUGCCAAGUAAUCAUGAUAUGCUGUGAUCUUAAGAACUUCAGAAGUGUAUAAGAUCAGCUUUAUCUUUCCAAAUGGAGACAAGUAUGAUGGCGACUGUACAAGAACAUCUUCUGGAAUCUAUGAGAGAAAUGGAAUAGGUAUUCAUACCACUCCUAAUGGGAUUGUCUACACAGGAAGCUGGAAAGAUGACAAGAUGAAUGGUUUUGGAAGACUUGAGCAUUUUUCAGGAGCAGUAUAUGAAGGACAAUUUAAGGAUAAUAUGUUUCAUGGACUGGGGACUUACACAUUCCCAACUGGGGCAAAGUAUAUUGGAAAUUUCAAUGAAAAUAGGGUAGAAGGUGAAGGGGAAUAUACUGAUAUCCGAGGACUAGAAUGGAGUGGUAACUUUCAUUUUACAGCUGCUCCAGACCUGAAAUUAAAACUUCACAUGUAGAUGUGCUUCACAUUGUAGAUUUAAUGUUAAAUUAAAGUUUAAAUGUAGUAAUUGAAGCUUUUAGUUGUAAGGAAAGCAACUUAAUCUGUUAUUUGAAAUGACUUCAUACACUACCCCUAUAAGUUUGCCCAAUAAAACCAUCACUUCCUUACGUCUU